AUGUAGAGUGCAUAAAAACUUACAUAAUAAAAUUAAGAUGCUUUUUCUUAAUUCUUUGAUAAAUAUAUAUCCUCUUCUAACAAACUUUAAAUCUACAGUGUAAGGGAGCUUGCUUAAAAAUUGGCAAUUUAAUAUUUUAGUGCUUAGCUUCCACCUAGAUAUUAAACAGAAAAUAAUUUGAGAAAGAAAAGUAGAAAUAUAGUUUACAAAUAAAUUGAAACAGAUGCAAUAGAAAAAGCAAAAGCCUAAUAUAAAGCUAAGAAAGAGAGAAAGGAAUCACAAUAAAGAAAAUUACCUCCAGUUCCUAAAAAGUAAAAUAGUUAGCCAAGAAGUUUAUCAGUGUAACCCCCUAUUAAAUGUCUAUCGGCUUAACCUAAAAGAUCAGUUCCUUCAACAUAUUUUUAUUAUAUAGGAGAUGGAAACAAUAAUGAGUUAAUAAAAAAGUUACUAGAUGAAAGAUAAAAUUGGGUCUAAGUGAAAGAUGUAACUCUUAAAAACAUAAAUUUUAAAUGGCAAGAGACAGAAAAAGGUUAUGAAUAUCGUACUUUAGCUGGAAAUUUAAAAGAUAGUACUCCAUAAAUGCUUAAUCAUUUUGAGUUUCAUAUUGAAAUUUCAAAUAAGUAUUACUUAGCUUAAAAUUUUAAGACAUAUUGUGAAGUAUAUUUAAAUUAUUUAAAUAGAAAAACUUACUCAAUGCCUAAGAUUAUAUCCCCAUAAGCUUUGCUAUAGAAUGUACAAACUCAAAUUUGAAAGCUGGUUUAUUUUAGUUUUUGACCUUCUAUAGAUCCUAUUGUCCUUAAAAUUAAUAAUAAGNUAAUCAACAGAAAUUUAUUGAAUUGAUGAUAUUUACUUUUUUUAAGAAAUUUAAUUUGAGAGAUAACUGA